AUUAAUUUAUGUAUAUCCACUUUGUCGGAUUACCAAAAGAGAGACUCUCUAAAAAUUUAAUCCAAAAUCGAGAGUUUAACGUUAAAUAUCGAAACCAUUUGUUUUCUAAUGUUUUAGCGGCGUGUCACGGGUUAACACUAAACAUCAAAAAACAGAUCGGCUUCAGUUAUAAUUUUUUCUAUGAAAAUUUAGAUGUAAAAAGGGGGUAGUAAAACACAUUCAUUGAAAGGUUUAACAAUGCAUUAUAAUCGAAUUUAUUUCAGAAUGGGAUAAAAACGGAGUUAUUAAGUUUCAUACAUACAUACAUACGGAUUAUAGCGAAAUAUUGAAAAGAGUUGGGCACGUGAGUACAAAAACACCAUGCCGGCCUGUGUCCCAGUAAACAACAAUAAUGUUGGAGACAUCAAUGGCUCCGCAAAGCCCCCGGUGCAGUCGGAUUCUAAACUCAGUAAAAUUAUUUCAUGUCUGUUUCUGAGGAAGAAAACGGAUGUUGUGGACAUGACAAAAGAGUCGUCUGCCGCAGCCAAGAAACAGAAACUCUCCGUGGACCGGUCAGAGAGAUCACGACGAGUGUUAAAGAUGGAGAGCAUGCGCACAGCACCGAAGACACGUGACAAGUCUGAUCCCGAAACACGAACCCAACAAGGACAGAACCAGAUGUUCCUGCCGUCAGAAAACCCCACUGCAUCAUUUCUGUCAUACCUGAACCCUUCCGUUAGACGAGCAUGCUCUGAGGUUAUCCGGACCAACAGCGAACAAUCUAAAAACAACCUAGGGCGGGAAGCAUUUACGGAAAGCAGACGAAAAAUCCACACGCGGAAUACAAACUACCGCGGACAACAGGCGUCGGAAAAUGGCAGCUUAAAAAAGGGAAGCAAGAAUCAUAAUAGUAAACCGCCUAAACCACCCGACCGUAACAACAGUGUUAACAGGAAACCGAUCGUUGUCCCUGGAAUUAUGUCCCAGUCUGACGAAGACAUUGGUUAUGAUUCGGAUAACGAAAUAAGCGACCUUCAAGAUGAAAUGCGGCGCAUGAACUUAAGUCAACCGGACUUACGAAGAAGGACAUCAAAUGGCAAAUCUAGGAAACGCGAGGGUGAACAAUCGGACGGAUCGUGGUCUAACGAAGGCUCAAUAUCUCUUUCUGAAGGAAGCGAAGAUGAUGAACCGGAACAAAUCUCACCGGAAGAGAGACAGCGUCCCCAGAAUCCUUCACCAAGUCAGAAACGGACAGACCCAAAACCUUUAGUUUCUAAGCAACCCUCGAUGGAAGAAGUUAUUGAUGAUAUGUUUGACCAGACUGCACAAAACAUUGAUACAAUCUAUAAAAAUGGUAUUGAAAGUAUGGAUUUAGAAACGUAUCGUUCAGAUACCAUGACCCCAGAUACUUAUAUGAAAAAGAUUGAAGAGGACCUCUUAAAGUCACAAGCUGACGAACAUUCAAAAGAGGAACCAAUUCAAAACAAGCACAUAAUAAAGAAGAACGAGUUAAAAGAAGCCGAGAACGAGCGCCAACAAGUUCACAGCUAUAAAAAGAAUGACGACGCUAAACCACAUUUAGAUAAUCUCUUGACGGAAGUUUCAAUUUGGGCGCAAGACCGACAAAGGUGGCUUCUUGAGGACGGAGAUAAUGCUGCCGGAAAAGAGCUAAGCACCCGUGAAAGCACGGUAAACAGUAUGACGACUGAUGGACGUAUCAUUGAACAAGUGACAAAAACUAAUAAAGAUAAAUGUAAUGAGUGGGUAACUGACAAAUCAAACCCCGAAUCAGCUAAUAAAAUAAUUGCUGAAACAAAAGCAAAUGGAAUUCUUACAGGUCCAAAAUUGUUCAGGUCGUCGUCAAGAAAUCAAAGUUCACCUCGUUUUGAAAUAAGUGACAAGAACCGAAGUACUCCUGAAAAACAACCAGAAUCCGGUUCGCGUGAUAAUGUUUUACAAAUCAUUGAUAUCGGUAGAGAAACUGAAGAUCUGAAAGAAUUGCCAGUCUCCGACACCACAGGUCUUUAUCCUGAGCCAUGGACAUCUGAUAUGUAUACAAAUACAGCAAAAGGCGACCAGGAAGAUAGGUCGACAAUUAAUGACAAUCUGUCAGAACUGGACCAACAAUAUCAUUUCAGGGCUAGAAGCCCGGACAGCUGGCUAAGUAGUAAUGGUUCUUGUUCAAACGUACUGAAUAAAAGCGAGUUGGUUGCUGCCGACAGAAAUGAAGGUUUUGAAAUGACCCCAACUCCAACUAGACAAAUUGAAACUCCUGUGAAAAUCACUGCGACAAAUGCAGGAAAGUCUCAUCAAAUUAUGAGGUUGUCGCCUAAAGUCCAUGCUCCUUUCAGAGGAUUGGAUAGGCAGGUAACUCCAAUGCCAGUCGAGCCAAAUCCAAUCCCUAUGAAACCAAUUUUGCGAAACACGCAAUUAAAACCUUUGGCUGUUUUACGUGCUGCCAAGCAGCGGAAUAUGAUUGAUACUUUCCCUGUAUUGCCAGGUUAUAAAAGUAGCAUCAGUAGCAUGCCCAGCGAUGGAAACCCAGCAGCAUAUAAUUCAAGGCCGUUUUCUGAAAUCCCGCUCCGGACUGAAUUUUCGGACGGUGAUAGAAACAGCAGUUUGCUUGUACAUUCAUCAAGUGCUAGAGAAUCACGUGAUAAACUUGAAUACAGUAUCUCUCAGACAUCAUUACGGCCAGUUUCUGAGACUAUUCCACAGAAAAGAAUUGAUAAAAUUGGAGUAGGGCCAAUCAUGGCAACCAAGGAGAAGCAGAUGUACGCCCGUGACGUCAUGAAUGCCAUGGAAAAACAUCGCAUGCAGCCGCAGACUGGCGCCUUUCAGGAAAAUCAACCGGCAUCUUCAAGUGAACCAUUGAUAGAAUACGAUGAUGAGAAAGAAAAGGAAGGCGGGAGGAAACGGCAUAAGGUUUUUACAAAUAAUUUAAUGACAGGUGGUUAUAGUUACGACAAACACAGCAGAAGAAAACCGUCAGAUAAACAACCGGAUGUAAAGCCACCAGAAACAGGAGAUAGCGUUAAUUUUAGCCCGACAGAGGCGCCAAGAUCUAAAAACCCUGCCACAAGAAGUAUUAAUAGCCUUUCAUUUAGUAUGGGUGAAAAUUCAGGUAAAACAAACUCACCGCGUCGUGGUGAGAGCUAUAGUCAAAUCCAUUCUGUGGCAAACGAAAACUUUUUUGAUUUUCAAGCUAGUCCAAGGCGUUCUAACGUUAGUCAUUCAUUCAGUACAGGUGCCUCCGAAGGAGCAGAAAACAAGCGUGGGAACAAAAGCCAGUCUUUCCAAAACAAAUAUACAGCCGUACAGAGCCAUGGCUUAGGAAUAUCUCCGAGUCAUGGUCUUGGGUUACAGACGUCAACAAACGGAGCUCAGUCUCAAACGGCAAAUAAAUUUCGUAAAAUGAGGAGCAGGCGAGAUCAAGAAAUGGAUUGGUUAAUGAGAGACGCAGCGGAAACGGAAGUAUGAUCAGUUCUAUUUUUAGGAUGAUUUGUUAUGAACCUAUACAAAGAUAGAUUAUCGGAUAAAUACAAGUUUCAGCCAUUGGCGAGUAUCACCGCGGCAGACUAUGAAAUUUGGAUACAUUACUCCACACUGUCUUCAAAAUAGCACACAUCAAACAUAAUACAAUGUUGUCCAACAUCCGAUGAUUCUUCAGAAGUAUUGGAAUUAAAUAACGCAAAUAAGAUGCGUUCAUUAAGUCUUUUCAGGUUAUGAUAUUUUGUAAAAAUAUUAAUGACAGUCUAACUUUUCAUCUUAAUAUCCCC